AAAGGGUUAAAAGGGGCUCCACUUUAGAUCUAUAAAUAUCAAGAUCUACAAUUGGUGGAUCAAUGAUGACUGUGCUGCUAUAGCAACAAGACAAAGAGAAGCGAGGAUGAACAACAUGGGACCUGAAUGGCCAAGCACCCUUUAUAUCAAAGGAAUUACACAUCUCUUGGAAAUGAAGUGUAGGCCUCUUAAGGAUGCAUUAAAUGCCAUUUGAGCAGAUUUCUUCAUCUGAAGAGGAGGUGUGGCAUGGAUCGGACCAAAACGCAGCGUGGUUGAACUCCACUGUAGAAUGCAUUCCCUACCACCUCCAGCUCUCUCCAGAGAACAGCUUCCAGCUCAUCCAACAGUAUCCUCCCUCUCCGCUUUGAGCCUUAUAUUAUCUUACAGGAAGUAAAUUAGAGACUCUACUAUCUGUCACACAGGUUUACUGUGUAAUUACAUCCAAGAGUCAAACAAUUAGCAUAACACUGACUUUCAGAAGAAAAAAUCACCGCAUUUGUACUCCUUGACAUUAUCCACCUCAUGUACGAUAUUGUGGCUGACUGUUCAGACAAUGUUCCCACCUGCUAUCUGAUAAAUGAUGCCUGUGUCCUCAGUGGCAAGUGCCUAGUAUCUGCCAGUGCCCUGAGAAUGGAGGGCCAGUUGACAGUGUAUAACUACCGUGGAGGCCCCUGCUACAGGUGUUUGUACCCAAAGCCUCCACUCCCGGAGAAAGUGACCAACUGCUCUGACGGAGGGGUACUAGGAGUAGUACCAGGGAUCAUGGGAUGCUGCUUCAAAGCGUUGGAGGUCCUGAAGAUCGCCUCAGGACAGGACUCUUCCUGUGGCCAACAGCUGUUGAUGUUUGACGCCCAGGAUGCCAAGUUCCGGUCCAUCAGGCUGCGGACCAAGCAGGCCAGCUGUGCUGUGUGGAGAGAGAACCCCCACUGUCACACACUUAGUGGACUAUGAGAAGUUCUGUGGGUCUACUGCCACAGAUAAGGUCAGGGGUUACUGAAAAGAGGGCACUGUGGGCAAAGCAUUGGUCUUGCAUAUUCAUUGUUAAGGGGUUAGCAUUUUAAAGUAAAGGGGAUUUUAAAUUACGUCUGAAUUGGCAAACGUGUUAUCACUCACCUUUAAACCCCUUAGUAAAUACACAUAGCGCACGGAAUGUAGAGCCAGGAAAAUGUGCUCAUUAUCUAUAAUUCAGAUAAAUAGCAGAGAUAUACGCUGUAUGUCAAAGGAGUUUUCUGUACUUUACUGGAAUA